AUGUCCCACUCAACUCAGUUUGGUACGCAGAAUCUUAGUGAUAUGCAAAGUGCUCGAAAUAGAGCAUCCGUCGACAUAGCUUCUAUUCGAGCUUACCUUCACGAUGGACGCGAAACAUGGGAACACAAGUAUAGUAUAGUUUCAGUAAUAUCGAAGGAUCCUAUUUUUGACGUGACCGGAAAAGAUUUCACGACAAGGUCCCAACGGUACCGUAGUGCCCUUGCGAGGAUGAGACGUAUAUACGAGCUGCAAGAAGAACAUGAUUGGACAAACCUUGAUAUUUUGUUUGCUCUGCUUGCAAUAGGGGAGACAUUACCUAUACAUCUUCAUAAUGUUGCUUUUGAACCAGUGUUUCUUGCGCAAGCUUCGAAGGAACUUUUGAAAGAAUACGCUGACCUGGUAAUUCAUCGCGGCAUUCUUGGAUGUUAUCUCCAGACCGAACUGGGACACGGAACGAAUGUCGGCGCGUUAGAGACCACGGCUACGUAUCUCCCCGAUACUCAGGAAUUCGAGUUGCAUUCUCCCACCAUGACUAGCUCGAAGUGGUGGAUAGGUGCACUCGGGAAGACAGCUACUCAUGGUGUCGUUCAAGCCAAACUGAUCCUUCCUGAUGGGACGGAUGUAGGACCACAUCUAUUCUUCGUUCAGCUCAGGUCUCUAGAUGACCAUACACUUCUUCCAGGAAUUACUACUGGGGAUAUAGGACCAAAGGCCAUGGCUGGGUAUUCUGCAGUCGACAACGGCUUUGCCCGUUUCAAUCGUGUCCGCAUUCCCAAAUGGCACAUGCUCUCCAAAUUUUCCCAUGUCACUGAAGACGGAAGGUAUGUCAGGCCGCUUCACGCCAAAAUCAGCUACGGUGGUAUGCUUUACAUCCGAUCUGGAAUGAUCACUGGAGCAGGCUGGUCUACAGCAAAGGCCAUUACUAUUGCUAUACGAUACGCGACUGUUAGACGGCAAGGCACGAUAGGCUCGGAUGGACUUGAACUUCCUGUCAUCCAAUAUCCUUCAGUUAAUGUGCGCCUCUUCCCUAUAUUGGCUAGGGCAUACGUGUUUAUUGAACUUGGAAGAGCCAUGGUCAGGUCGUUUGCAGAAAUGUCUGAACGAUUAGCAACCGGAGAUGCAUCCUUACUGGCCGAGGUACACGCAACCACGAGUGGCCUCAAAGUGCUAUGUAGUAGUGCUUCGGUGCAGGAUAUGGAGACUGCUAGACGCUCGAUGGGCGGGCAUGGCUACAGCGCAUUUGCUGGUAUAGGAAGACACUAUGCUGAAUCGCUACCCUCUGUCACCUAUGAAGGAGAGAAUUAUGUCCUUGAUCAACAAGUUGUCCGCGCUGCGCUCAAAGCAUUUACAAUGCUCUUCAAGAAUGCUAAUUCGCAACGCCAGAAAACUUCGGAACUUGCGAGUUCUCUACCACCGUCCUCGGCCUAUCUCAGGCUACUCCUCCCAGAACCAGAUAACAGUCAACCUGAACCUCCAAUCUUAUUGGAGGCUUCUUGGUUUGACCCCUCUGUGUUGAUCACUCUACUUGAGUGGCGCGCAUCGCUCCUCGUCCAUGAAAUAGCCCAGACGAGCCAUUCUCCCGACGCGACUAUUUACCAACGAGUCAGCAAGGCUUCAACGGAGGCGUUUGUGGCCGGACGAGUGGGGGAGAUGUUGGCUCUAUUGAGGGAGUCCGAGAUGAGUACAAAGGACCAGGAAGUCGUGAGACGUCUUUACAUUCUUUACCUCCUUACUACAAUCGAAGCCAGCUUAACUGACUUUCUCUCCUUUGGGCUCCUCCGAUUCCCUCCCCAUGAUUCACGGGAGUUACCACGCUCCAGGGACCCUGCCAGAACCUUACGGCUUGCCAUUCUUCGUUUAUGCGAGGACCUUCUUCCCGAAGCUAUUGGACUUACUGAUGCAUUUGGCUUUACGGACUGGGAACUUGACAGUGCACUUGGUGUGUACGAUGGGCAAGUCUACAAAGCUUUAUGGGAGCAAGCGCAGACGGAGCCUCUGAAUCAAACAGAGGUCCCAGAGGGAUAUGAGGAAUUCAUAAAGCCGUUGCUGCUUCGUGGACAACGCCUCGCAAGAGCGGCCAAGCUCUAG